GCAAGUUAGCACACACAAGAAAAAAAUGGGCUGACUGUAACGAAUGAAGCGCAUUAUGGCGCCUUAAAGUGCAUUUGAAAUUACAAGUAUAAUGUUGAACAUUCUUUUUGGGUUGAACUAUCCGUAUUGCGAUAACACGGGCGAAGCGAGACGCGUAGAGAACGUUACUCUUAGCCUAGCAGUUAGCCGGGCCUCGUGAGGAUCCCGGCUAAAAUGUCUUAUUUAAACAUCGCGGUUCCCCAUUUAGUGUGACGCCACGCAUUAAGACCAUUAAAAUCCAUUUUUAUCCGGGUAGUAACGACGUACUGCAAGCUCCUGUUUCCUCUUCACCAGCUCGGCAAGCUCCCGGCGGGUGUCCGGGAUCUGUGGUGGAGUAGCCUUAGCGUGCAUCGCCAUGAUGGAUCGAGCAAUGUGGAGAAACAAAACGAUGGCGGGACAACUUCACUGCGACGCCUACAUUCUCGCUGCAGUCGCAAGGUGGCGCUGGAAGACCGUGGCAACCAAUUACACGUCACCAUAGCAACAAGACCAGGUCGUUUCAACGCCACUUCCAACUUUCUACCGGAUGGAUGGCAUCAAUUGCUGAAAGCUCCUAGACCUUCAUUGAGAGGUAUCCCUGGACCAAACAUCUUUCUACAAUGUUCAGAUCGCAGGGUCGCGUGGGGUGCUGGAGCCUAUCUCAGCUGCACAUGGGCGGAAGGCGGGAUCCACCCUGGACAAGUCGGGUGUAAAUCUCAGCCCCAAAUUGGUAUAAUGUAUGCAUUAUAUGCCAUUUUCAAGAUGGAUAUUUAAAGAGAAACUACAUCUUGUGAGACGACGUCGGCCAACCCAGGAAGCUAACUGAGCUGUCCCGGCGAUGAAAUGGGGAAAUUCCCGUCACUUCCACUCGAAUCAACCGACUACUAGCGGUACCACUGGCUAAUACGGCGUCGAAUGGGUGCUACAAAUUGAAGGGCGUGUUUGGCUGAUCUGGACCGGGAGUUUCAGCUCCUGUGCUUGGGACACUUGUGAGGAAUGACAACAACUGGAAAGUCCCUGCAAUCCGCCUGAAUGGAAACAAUGGAUUAUAAGGAGCUUGGACAUCAUUUUGAGGAGAAGCUGACACUGACAGAUAAAUCUCUGCCCUUGCAAAGUGAGUGUCAGACCAUCCACAACGGAGAUAAGUCCCUGGGCAGCGUAUUCCUGACGCCUGAUGACUCAGCCAUCACAGACCUCUCCCCCAAGACUGAGUCCUGCACCAAAGCAGAAACCCCCACUGAGACAGAUGCCUCCUGCAAGACGGAGCCCAGCCAGUCAGGGCCUGGCACCGGCAGCAGCCCUCCGCCCAAGAAAGAUUCAAUGAGCUCAGAGCAGCGGCAGAAGCUUGCCAAGCAGAGAAGAGAAGAAAGAGCCAGAUAUAUUGAACAGCAAACUCAGCUGCAAGCGGCAAAGAAGGCCCAGUGGCUGGAGAAAGAGGAGAAGGCUCGGCGUCUAAGAGAGAGCCAGCUGGAGGACCGCAGGAAAAAACUGGAGCAGCAAAGACUGAAGGCUGAGAAACGCAGAGCCGUGCUUGAGGAAAAACAGAAACAGAAACUAGAGAAGAACAAGGAGCGAUACGAGGCAGCUAUCAAGAGGUCGACAAAGAAGACAUGGGCCGAGAUCCGUCAGCAGAGGUGGUCCUGGGCCGGCGGACUCAACCAGACCUCCCGCAGAGAAAGCAGAUGCUCGGCCUCCACGGUCAACUUGCCCAGACAGGUGGACCCUGUCAUUAACAACAGGCUGUCCAAGUCCUCUGCCACGCUCUGGAACUCCCCCAACAGAACCCGCAGCCUGCGUCUGAGUCCGUGGGAGAGCCGGAUCGUGGAGAGGCUCAUGACGCCCACGCUGUCCUUCCUCGCUCGCAGUCGCAGCGCCGCCACCCUCCUCAACAACAGCGACUCUUAUUCUCACCACUGCUCCCGUUCAGCUUCAGCCAGCCCGCUCAACGCCUUCUCCCACCACCCGCACCAGAACUCCGCUGAGCGCUGGAGGCUCUCCUCCGCCAGCACGCCUGACAUCACCCAGCGCCAACGGCAACGGAACUCCACGCCGGUUGACAGAAAGAAGAAAGAAAAGAAAGACAAGGAGCGAGAAAAUGAGCAAGAGAAGAAUGCACUCACAAAAGAAAGGGUACAGAAGAAAAGACAGACGGCGUCACCGACCACCAUCACAAGGAGAUCCCAGCCCGAGUCCAGCAGCACCCCUAAGCCCAGAACAAGACCUCCGUCACCAGCUGCUCCUAAAAGUCGUCCCUUAUCUCCUUUGGUGCCGGCGGUCAAGACGCCCACGGGGAAGAAGACACCCCCACCCGGCUCCAAGACACGGCCCAAGCGGGCCCAGACACCAGCCAGAGUCCAGCCCCAGACGGUCACGACGGUCACCGUGGAAACAGGCCAAGAAUCCAAGGAGCCUGGUAGUUCAGAGGAGAAAAAGAACUCCAGUAAUGUGGUGGCUGCUGCACCAGCAACAUCUCCCGCCCCCAGCCCACCACUUGUACAAGUGCCAAAAGAAGAGGUCCCCACACCAGCUGCAUCUCCCUCAGUGAACGCCACAAGUAAUCCCGCCACACCCGCCGCCGCCCCGGUUGCGACGUCCGGCAGGCCAUCGGCCGGCACAAACGACCCCGAGGAGGCCGCUCGCGUCCUCGCCGAGAAGCGCAGACAAGCCCGGGAGCAGCGGGAGAGGGAGGAGCAGGAGCGCCAAGAGCAAGAGCAGAAGAACAGGAUCCUCAGGGAGGAGGGCAUGGUGCGCGACGCAGAGGAGAGGAAGCGCCGCGAGGAGGAGGCUCGAUUCAUGUCCGAGCAGCAGCGUCUGAGGGAUGAAGCCCAGCGGGCCGAAGAGGAGGAGCAGGCCAAGGAACGAGCCAAAGCUGAGCAGGAGGAGAACGACAGGCUGCAAAAACAGAAGGAGGAGGCUGAUGCAAAAGCACGUGAGGAGGCUGAGCAGCAGCGCAUGGAGAGGGAGAAGCACUUCCAAAAAGAAGAGCAGGAGCGCCUGGAGAGAAAGAAGCGUCUUGAGCAGAUCAUGAAGAGGACUCGCAAAAGUGAUGCAGGAGAAAAGAAGGAGGUGAAGGCCUCACAGCAGGUUAAUGGAAAAGACACAGAGCUCAGUAAAGGCGAUAACCUGCUGAGUCCCGCCGCGUCCGACCCUGUUUCAAACGGAGUCCAGAACGGCGUGUCGGCCAACGGCGAGUUUGAGCAGAUCAUGCAGAUGAACAGCGGCGCCAACCCUGCAGCAUCACAAAGUGCGCUGCUCACUGGAGGAGAACCUUUCCUCAUGAAGACAGGACCCAUGAAACCGCAGCAUGUGGCAGAGGUUCUGUGAGCCGCCUUCCAUCCACCCAUGGACACGCGCCUUAUGUCUCCGCUUGAGCCUCCACCAACACACAGCGGCUUAGAAAGUAGUGUGCCAAACCUGUGCUGUUUCCAUGACAACAUGCAAAGGACGCAGGACGGGAGGACGAGGAGGAGGAGGAGGAGGAGGACAUGUUUGGGAUAAGAUAAGCACUCAUCCAUAAAACGACACACACGAUCAGUAUUCUCUUGUCUUCAACAUGUGUUCUGGUGCAAGUUUUAUUGAAACAUCACACGCAUUUUACGGUGCACCUUAAAGAUGACUGAAUUUGUAGAAAAUACAGUAUAAGAACCCCUAAUCCCCCGCGCAAAAAAAACCUAUUUGACAAUGGUCGUUGUUAUUAUUAUUAUUAUUACUACCGUGCUUUCUGAUAUUGUUAAGUUGAACAAUGUGUGUUUGUUUCUCGGAAUAUGGAGUUAUUUAACGCGAGGAGCCACAGACAGUUUAUGUAAAUGUAUAACGAGCCCGGCUGCCUAUAGGACCCCUGCUUGUUGGCAAGGGCCCUGUGAAAUAAAGCUUUAUGAAAGGGAAGGAAACAUGUGUCUAGUACUCUGUAUCAUUUAUAAAUAAGUGGCUUGUUUUUUGUCAAUAAACGUCUGCGGCAU